CUUGUGGUGGAAAACACAUCAGGUUCUCUAUGCGGUCAGGGAUUGCGACAGCACUUGUUGUCACAGUCUAACUUUCUCUGUUCUAACCGGGAUUACCAUUGUACUGUUAACUAGCAUAACCCAUCUGUUCAUUCUUACUCUCCAAAAUCCAGCCGCUUGAUAUUUUUCAACAGCAUUCCAUCUCGCAUGAAUAAAGCAUGAAUAAUCUAAUGUCUAUAAGACAAAGGCUAUGUCCGGGGUCAAAAGAAGAUUCAAACCUGGAUCUAAAGAAAACAGCUGAUUCCAGCAAUGGUCGAGAUAAGCAGGACGAGAAGAUGAUCAUGAGGAGAGAGAUAUCGCUCUGCAAUGGCAUCUGUUUAAUCGUGGGUAACAUGAUUGGCUCUGGGAUUUUUGUGUCUCCAAAAGGUGUGUUGAUGUACAGCGCCUCCUACGGUCUUUCUCUGGUUAUCUGGGCUCUCGGUGGCAUAUUCUCUGUAUUUGGCGCUCUGUGUUACGCAGAACUUGGAACCACCAUUACAAAGUCUGGAGCUAGUUAUGCGUACAUCCUGGAAGCUUUCGGUGGUUUCCUUGCCUUUAUCCGACUGUGGACAUCAAUUCUACUGAUCGAGCCGGCCAGCCAAGCUGUCAUCUCACUGACGUUUGCCAACUACCUGGUGGAAGCUCUCUACCCCACGUGUCAGCCUCCGUAUGAUGCUGUUAGACUGAUAGCGGCGGCUUGUCUCUGUAUUCUGAUCUUCGUAAACUGUGCUUAUGUGAAGUGGGGCACUUUGCUUCAAGACAUAUUCACAUAUACCAAGAUCAUGUCACUAAUCCUUGUCAUCACAGUGGGCAUCAUUAAGAUAAUAAAUGGAGAAACGAAGAACUUCAACAGUCCAUUUGAGGGUUCAACUAUGGAGGCGGGCAACAUUGCUCUUGCUCUUUAUUCUGCUCUGUUCUCUUACUCCGGCUGGGACACGCUUAACUUUGUCACUGAGGAGAUCAAAAACCCAGAGAGGAAUCUACCUCUCGCCAUAGCCAUCUCCAUGCCAAUAGUUACCAUCAUCUAUCUACUGACCAAUGUGGCGUAUUAUGUGGUUCUGGACAUACCUUCUUUUAUGGGUAGUGACGCAGUGGCUGUUACCUUUGGGAAUCAAGUCCUUGGUCCAUUUAGCUGGAUCAUGCCCAUUGCUGUGGCCAUGUCUUGUUAUGGAGGUCUCAAUGCCUCUGUUAUAGCUGCCUCGAGGUUGUUUUUUGUGGGGGCAAGAGAGGGUCAUCUGCCCAACAGUUUAAGUCUGAUUCAUGCUGAGCGGUAUACACCAGUACCUGCUCUUCUCUUCAAUGGUGUGAUGGGCCUUAUAUUCUUGUGUGUGGAGGAUGUGUUUCAACUCAUCAGCUACUUUAGCUUCAGUUACUGGUUAUACGUGGGUCUGUCCGUGGCAGGACUCAUUUACCUGCGGAUCACUCAGCCUGACAGAUACAGACCUGUCAAGUUGUCAUUGUUCUUCCCCUUCAUCUACUGCUUCUGCAGUCUGUUCCUGGUGAUUGUUCCACUUUACAGCGACACCAUUAACUCACUGAUAGGAAUAGGAAUUGCACUGUCUGGAGUGCCUGUCUAUUAUCUGUGUAUCUAUCUGCCAGAGGAGAAAAGUCCCAAAUGGGUCGCUAAAUUAAAUGCUUCUGUCACCAAAUACACUCAGAUCGUGUGUUACUGCUGUUUAACUGACCUGGAUGAGGUGCUAGAGAAAUCAGGAGAUGCUAGGACUCAAUAACAGUUUCAGGAGAAUGUACCUGGGGAAUACAUUUCAGCUCUGCAUCACAAAAAAAGGAGGAAGUAUUUGUCAAAUACUGCAUAUAUCUGAUUUAUAAAAUGUUCAGUAAAUAUCUCAUGGAGAUUAAAUUCUUUGAUUUCUCAGAUAUAUCUAUCUUACUCAGUGUAAAUACAAAAGCAAAACACUGUGGGAAUGCCUGUUUUAAGUUGGCUAUAGUGUGUUUAAUCACUUGUUUAUUGAUUUUUACCUGCAACCAGAUCGUUAUGUUUUGCAAGGAAGAAAUUUUGAUGUCUUUAUUAUUCUGAUUGUCAAUUAAAAUAGAUGUUUUGUUCAACUAAAAAAAGAUCUUUGUACAAAAGUAUAUUGGCCAAUAAGAGACUAUGAGGCAAAAGACUGCUUUUGGAGCGGAUCGAAAUAAUAUACAUCUGCCAUCAUGGGACAUGAUAUGUAUAUAUUAGGGAUGCACCAAUGUGUCGGCCGCCGAUAUAAAUCGACCGAUAUUGGAUCAAUUUAACACCAUCGGCAUAUCGGCAAUAGCAUGCAAAUGGACGAUACCGACGCUUUAUUAGGGCCCUAUGAUUUCUGUGAUGCGGAAUAAUAAAGUAGCAAACACGGAUGGAAAGUAGCAAACACGCAGUGAAUGAGAGGGGUGUUUUUGUGUAGGCUACUGUUGUGGACUUUUUAGCAUCUGGUGGACGCGAACACAUAACCUGAAUCAGGCUUGCUUAGAGUUUACCUCGGGCAAGGGCAGGGAAUCAAUUCCAAAAAUAAUUGAUUAUCUCGAUUCCAAGGCAUUGAGAAUUGAAUCGACUCCUCUUUGAGUGCCUCCGAUUGUGAGAGAACACAAGCCCCGCCCCUUAGCUGAUGUCAUUGGUCAACUAAAUAACAUCAUUUUCUUGUUUAAAACAGUACAGACUUUAGACAAAAAGUGGGAUGAAAUAAAAUAUUCUGCAUCCAUAAAAGCAAAAGAUUUGUUUGCAAUGCAGAUAUAAUUACAUGUAUCCACAUAUUUAACAAAUCAUAUAAACACGUUUGCUUUUAAAACGGACUGUAAACGGCCGCCUUCUGUUACUCUCGAUGAGCUCAGUAUGUGCGUGAAGAGAAUCACAUGUAUAUAAAGCACAGUCUUAAAACAUAUUUACUUGGACGUCUGUUUAAAGCUGUUAAGGAUAAAAUAUAACAAACUAAAAUGUAAUUUAUCUUAAACUAAUAUCAAGAUGCGUAAGUUACCGAACUAAAUGACUCACACAAGUCACAAAAGCUAAGUUAUAACAACCUGGGCAUAAGGUUACAGACUAGCUUUCCAAACCUAACGCAGCAAGAUGGUAAUAUUACGUCGUCAAAAUAAAACUCCAGUUAACCGCAUGACAAAACUGCCACAAAAAAUUUACAAUACUUGUAAUUAAUGUAAGUAGACUUAAAACAGAAAAAAAACAUAAGAUGUAAGAUACUGGUUCAUAUUCACAUACUUGUACACUAUAAACAAAAGAAAAAAAAGAAUUCAGAAAAAUAAAAAUGAAACUGGGAAAAGAAAUAUUGGAUAGCAAAAAUCACCUUUGAAGAUUGUCAUGUUGUUUUUUAUCUCAACUUACAUUUAGGCACAUUUACACUUGUGCCUCUAUUAAAAUGUUUAAUGGAAUCAUUUCAUGUUCAGUAAAAUUAGCGGGAUCUGCAGAAAAAAGAAUCAUUUUCGGUGCAUGCCUAAUAUAUAUUGUUGAAUCUCUUUUUUUCUCUCCUCCUUUUUUUUUGUUUGUAAAAUCGAAGUAAUGAAAAACCAAGUGGAGAUUGUAGAAAUUACUUUUGUAAAUUUGUUAUGUACUUUUUUUGCAUGACCACUACAUCAUUUUUGAAAACAGGAAAUGUUGCUUAGAUGUGGCUUAAAUAAGCGUCCCACGCAUUCGAAACAUUUAUUUUUUUGGUUCCUAAGUUUUCACACAAAGUUUACCUUGGAUCUGCUGUCCUGACAGUGAUGUUCAUUUAACACUUUAUGGGUUGUGACAUUUUUGACCGUGUUGUACUUGAUCAAGCAUGGUUUGGUAACUUACAGACAAAUAGAAAAGAAAAAGAUAUGGCACUGUGAAAGAUCUGGUGUCAUUGUAAAAGAUGGAUGUUUCUACAGCACAACAAUUUGAGCUUUUGGUACAAUGCUUUUAUGAAAUGAUUUAUAAUUUAAGCAGUUUACUUUGUUAAUGAUGUAUUCUGUUAAAUUUAGGCUUGCAUUAAGUUAGAACUUUAGAAUAGUAUUCAGGAAAACAUUAAACCCUGUUUCAAAACACUAAAGCACCUCACUGCAAUGCCUCAUUUUCCAAUAUCUUUUGGAGAUCAGAAUUUAUAAUUUUGUAAAUGUUUAUAUCACUUGAAAAUUUUUUAUUGCAAUGUAUGUUUCCUGUUGUGGUCUUUGAUUAUAGAAAUACAGUUUUACAUUGGUUAAAAUCAAUGAAAUUCACAGCAUGAGUCAUUAACUUUUAUGAUUUCACUUUUUAACAGAAAAGAAAUUGAAGAAUUACACUUUUCACAUUGGCAGAUGAAAAUAUACACGCCAUACAAAAGAUGUUCUGAGGGCCAACGAAAAGUCAAUUUGGUAAUGAAAAAUAAUGCGUCACAUGU